AUGUUCGCGUCGCUCAAGUCUCUGUUGUCUGGUGCUGGGGAUCCCAACUUCCCCUUCUCGCCCGGUGACGUGACCGACGCUGCCACAGAGAGCCGGCUAUGGACAAUGCGGCGCGGUACAGGCAAGGAUGGGAAGGAGGUGACCAUCUUCGAGUUGAACAAGAAGACCGCAACAGAGGAGCAGGUGAAAGCGGCACAGCACGCUGUAAAGCGCCUGAAGACUGUCCGGCACCCCAACGUGCUGACCUACCUCGGCGCUACAGAAACGGAGGCAGCGGUUCUGUUGGCGACGGAAGCGGUCACCCCCUUAUCCAAGGCGUUGGCAGAGGAAGACAACGAGCAGGGAAAGUCGUGGGGACUCUUCCAAAUCCUGAGUGCGAUUGCAUUCCUCUCAGAGAGCAAGCUUGUGCAUCGAAACUUGUGCUUGGAUGCAGUGUUUGUCAACCAAGAAGGCGACUGGAAGCUGGCCGGAUUUGAGCGCCUCGCACCGUCAGGCACCAACGUCAACGACCUGCCGCUGCCUGUCGCCGAGCAGUACAAGUGCCCCGAGGAUCUCAAGGGCCAGUCUGGCCGCGGCCAUCCAUGGUCUGCGGACAUGUGGGGGUUUGGAUGCCUCAUCUGGGAGGUGCACAGCGGACGAUUGAACGAUGCGACGCAGCUCAAGAACGUGGACGAUCUUCCUCGCUCCAUCAUCCCUCACUACGUCUCUCUCGUCAGUGCCAAUCCCCGCCAGCGCCCAAAGCCGGCGGUCCUGCUGAAGGAAGCGCGAGAGCCAGGCUCCUUCUUCAAGAACGACUUUGUUGACACCAACCUCUUCCUCGGCGAACUGGCAGUCAAGGACAAGGAGCAAGUGCAGUCCUUCUAUCAGCGCCUCCCCGACAUGAUUGAUGACUUCCCUCCAUCGCUGUGCAAGACAAAGCUGCUGCCACAACUCUUGCAAGCAUUCCAGUACGGCGGCGCCGGCAAUCUGCGUUCGUUCCAACUGACCAAGAGCGCCCACACGCGUUAUCAGGUGUUGGCGCCCAUGCUCAAGAUUGGGAAAAUGCUCGACGCAGAGGAGUACCAGCAACGGAUCGUGCCGAGUCUCGUGCAGCUGUUCGGCUCGCCCGACCGCGCCACACGCAUCUCGCUCCUGAAGAAGCUGCCAGACUUUAUUCAGUACCUCUCCAACCAAGUUGUUUCAAAGGACAUUUUCCCGCCUGUUGCCAACGGGUUCAACGACACCGUCCCCGCAGUGCGAGAAGAGGCGGACGAACGCCCCUCCAUCCGCACCAACACGACCAUCUGUCUUGGCAAAAUCGCACCGCACCUCAGCCCGGCCACGCGCGCGAAAGUUCUAGUCCCAGCGUUCCUCAGGGCGCUGAAGGAUCCAUUUGUACACACGCGCGCUGCGGGUGUGAUGGCGCUGCUGGCGACUGUUGAGUUUUAUUCGCCCAAAGUGUGCGCGGGCCGCAUCUUGCCCACCGUCGCCCCGCUUGCAGUCGACCAGGCAGGCGCCGUCAGAACACAAGUGUUGCGACUGAUCCGCACGCUUGUGGACCGUCUUGAAGAGAACAGCAAAACCCUCGCCAAGGAGGAAGAACAGCAGAAACAACAACAACAACAACAACAACAACAACAACAACAACAACAACAACAACAACAGCAGCAGGACACCCAGCAGGGCGGUCAAGGUCAGCCCGGUGAACAGCAGCAUCUUGCCAAGGGCGCGCAGGCGAUGUUUGGCUGGGCAAGCACAGCUGUUGGUGGCCUGGCAAAGCAAGCACUCUCUGGCCGAGGUGAGAGGGGAGCAGCAACAACAGCAGCAACAACAGCAGCAACAGCAACAGCGAGCAGGGGCACAGGCGCUGUGCAGGGGUCACAAGAGCGCGGGCUUGGUGCUGAUGAGGAUGAAGAUGAGGAUGACGAAUGGCACGACUGCGUGGAGCCGCCGUCUCGCUUGGAUGUGAUGCCUGCUGUUGGAGAGGAGCAAGGCAGUGAUGGGUGGGGUGAUGACGACAAUUGGAGUGACAUUGAUGGCGGUGACGCUGAUGAUGAUGGUGAUGGUGAUGGUGUUGGCGGUUUGAAGAAUUCUCAAUCGACACAGCACACGUCCUUGCACAUGGCCCGCGCCGCCAACGACGAUGCUGAUGGGUGGGGUGACGACGGAGAUGGGUGGGGUGAUGAUGACGAUGACAAUAGCGGAUGGGACGCCAUGGAGAACGACGAUGACGACGACGGCAGUGAUGCGGAAGCGCAGCGCCGGGAGCUUGAGCGCCAGGCCGCCGCUGAACGGCGCGCGCAGGAAAGGGAGCGCAGACGGCAGGAACGACUGCAGGCGCGGCAGGCCAAGUUGUCGUCAGGCACAGCAGGGGCAGGCGAUCGUGGUGGCAGCGGUGGCGGUGGCGGCGGCGGUGGCGGUGCGAUGAAGCUGACCCGCAAGAAGAAAGGCCUUGGCGCCGUCAAGAAGGUGGACUAGCGAGCAAGCAACGAAGAUCAGAGCAAGUGGACAUAAACGGCAACCCUUGCGUGUGUG